CCAUUGGCCGGUGGACUCCUGACCUGUGACUGCUUCAUGCAGGAUCAACACACCUCAGUGUGCAGGCUGAACACCAGAACAGCUCGACAUGACGUCCAUGCCAGAUCUGAUCAGGAAGAAGAGAGACGGAGGAGCGCUGAGUGAAGAGGAGAUCCGCACCUUUAUCCGCUGCGUCACAGACAGAACUAUCGAGGAAUGUCAGACAGGGGCCAUGCUGAUGGCCAUCUGGCAGAAGGGAAUGGUCCAAGAGGAGAUCAAAACCCUGACCAGGGAGAUUAUGUCAUCGGGGGAAGUGAUGUCCUGGCCGGAGGAGUGGGCAGGGCUGGUGGUGGACAAACACUCGACAGGUGGAGUUGGAGAUAAAGUCAGUCUGGUGUUAGCACCCGCGCUAGCCGCCUGUGGCUGCAAGGUGCCUAUGAUCAGUGGGCGGGGCUUGGGUCACACAGGAGGGACUCUGGAUAAGCUGGAAUCGAUUCCAGGAUUCAAUGUCCGCCAGUCAACUGCUCAGAUCCAGGAGAUCCUGCGCUCGGUGGGCUGUUGCAUUGUGGGUCAGACAGAGUUGUUGGUUCCUGCAGAUCGAAUCCUGUAUGCACGGCGGGACGUCACCAGCACCGUGGACAGCCCGCCCCUGAUUGCUGGCUCCAUCAUCUCAAAGAAAGGAGCCGAAUCGCUCUACGCUCUGGUUCUGGAUGUGAAGUUUGGACGAGCUGCUCUGUAUAAAGACAUGGACAGUGCCAGAGAACUAGCACAGUUAUUAGUGGGUGUAGGGACGGACCUUGGCAUGCGUACAGCCGCCGUCCUCAGCCGGAUGGACACUGUGAUUGGUCGAUGUGUGGGCAACAGUCUGGAGGUGAUGGAGUCCCUGGAGACGCUAAAGGGGAAAGGACCCGCGGACCUAAUGGAACUGGUCACCGCUCUGGGCGGCAUCUUGCUGCAGAUGACUGACAUGGCGUCCAACGAAUUGGAGGGCAGAAGAAAAAUUUUUGACGCUGUGAUUGGUGGAGCUGCGCUCGGCAAGUUCCAGGCCAUGAUGGAGGCUCAGGGCGUGGCCAAAGAAACAACUCUAAAGCUGUGCUCCGCCCACGGGGAUUACCACAGCGUCCUGAAGAGGUCCCAGCAUCAGAUGGAGCUGGAGACGCUAUCAGAUGGGGUCGUCGUGGAUGUCUGCGGUUUGACGUUGGCUGAAAUUCUUAAUAAAUUGGGAGCGGGGCGAUCAAGAGCAGAAGGACUUAUCAAUCACAGCGUAGGGGCGGAGCUACUGGUGUCGCUGGGUCAGAGGGUCAGGAAAGGCGAGUUCUGGCUGCGGCUCCACUACGAGGCUCCGGCUCCGAGUGCAGAACAGAUCAGUCACCUGCAGGGCGCUCUGGUUGUGGAAGAACGUGGAAACUAUGUAGUGGAGGAUUUGGUGAUCAAUGUGCUGCUGCCUAAAUGACACGCCUUAAUACUUUUGUUCCAUCUUUCGAUUCUCCCUCGUUAUGAAAAUAAAAACAUUUCGCAUA